CUGACAUUUGGUAUUUGUCAUACGUUUAUGAUUUCUAUUUUGUACUUAAGUUUUUAAGUGUCAAAUCGCCGCACCCACAAAAUUAUUUUACUGCUAAAAUAUAUUUUUAUUGUAAAAUAUUAGAAUUAUGGGUGACCAUUUACCGGCUUGUGUUAUCGAUGUGGGGACUGGGUAUACAAAGUUGGGGUUCGCCGGUAACAAGGAACCUCAGUUUAUCAUUCCGUCAGCCAUAGCGAUAAAGGAAACUGCUAAAGUUGGCGACCAAAGUACUCGGCGUAUGACUAAAGCAGUGGAAGAUUUGGAUUUCUUUAUCGGAGAUGAAGCGUUCGAUGCCACCGGAUAUUCAGUUAAGUAUCCAGUACGCCAUGGCUUGGUUGAAGAUUGGGAUCUCAUGGAACGUUAUAUAGAGCAAUGUAUUUUUAAAUACUUGAGAGCAGAGCCUGAAGACCACCAUUUCUUACUUACCGAGCCGCCAUUAAAUACUCCAGAAAAUCGAGAAUAUUUGGCUGAAAUUAUGUUUGAAUCAUUCAAUGUGCCAGGUCUCUACAUUGCUGUUCAAGCUGUGCUAGCGCUUGCCGCAUCAUGGAAGUCUCGUACUUGUGCUAAACGCACAUUCACAGGCAUUGUGGUGGAUAGUGGUGAUGGUGUAACUCACAUUGUUCCAGUGGCAGAGGGUUAUGUUAUUGGUUCCUGUAUCAAGCAUAUACCUAUUGCAGGAAGGAAUAUUACAUCAUUCAUACAGUCUCUGUUGCGUGAAAGAGAAGUUGGUAUCCCACCAGAGCAAAGCUUAGAGACUGCAAAGGCUAUCAAGGAAAGAUAUAGCUAUAUAUGUCCAGACAUUGCCAAGGAGUUUGCUAAGUAUGAUUCUGACCCAGGGAAAUGGAUGAAGAAAUAUACAGGAAUCAAUGCUAUCACUAAAAAUCCCUUCUCGGUUGAUGUUGGAUAUGAAAGGUUUUUAGGACCGGAAAUAUUUUUCCAUCCGGAGUUCUCCAAUGCCGAUUUUACUGUACCACUAAAUGAGAUGGUAGAUGACGUCAUUCAAUCAUGUCCGAUUGACGUAAGAAGAGGAUUGUAUGGAAAUAUAGUUCUAUCUGGAGGUUCUACCAUGUUCCGAGACUUUGAUAGGAGACUGCAAAGAGAUAUUAAGCGUACUGUUGAUGCAAGACUGAAGUUAUCAACCAUGUUAUCGGAGGGACGGAUUACUCCAAAACCUAUAGAUGUGCAAGUUGUUUCCCAUAACAUGCAGCGGUAUGCGGUAUGGUUUGGAGGUAGCCUGCUAGGUUCCACUCCUGAGUUUUAUCAAGUGUGUCACACUAAGCAAGCUUACAUGGAAUAUGGACCAAGUAUUUGCAGACACAAUCCAGUAUUUGGUACUAUGAUUUAAGUUAUUGUUAUUGCUAGUUCAGUAUUCACUUAGACAUGAAGUUUUAAAUAUUCAGGAACAAAUGUAUUUAUCAAACAAGGGAGGCAUUAUGUAUACUCAUAUAUAUGUGGUAAAUAAAGUAGCCUUAGGCCUGCUAUGUAUACUGAAUUCUCUAAGACAGUUUUAAAUAAACAGCUGAACUGUACAAUUAGAAUUGUGGGUGUGGGAAAACUUUAACUGAACAGUUUAACUCUUCUGAUAAAAUUACAGUUCAAGUAGCAAGAAUUAAAUAGAAGAUAAGUAAAUAAGUGUCCACCAAUGACUCCAUCUUCAAUAACAUAUUGCAACUUAGAGCAACUAUCUAUUCAUAUUAAUGUUUCAAAUUUAUCCCUAUUUCUGUUAGAUACCUUUGUCACUAACAGUAAGUGUCCACUGUUGAAAUUACUAUUCUGCAAUAUAGCUUUUGCCUCCAGAGAAUCAAAAAUGUAAAACAUGUUUAAAAAUUAAGACAAUGUCUAUAGAUAGCUGCUCUCCCUCUAGAUCAAGAUCAGAUCAUUGACGGAUAUUGUCCAUAUACUGCAUUAUAUUGUUCAUUCAUAUUUUCAAUGAGUAUGAGAAGUAUAGAGAUACAUUUUAGUACCAAGUGUUAGUGGAUAUUGUUAGGUGGAUAAUAAAUUGAACAAUGUGACAAUGUUUAAAGCUUCAUGUUAGUAAAAUGUUAAAACUAUGUUCAUUAAGAUCUUUUUAAUGAAGUUUAUUUUAAUUUUUUAUACAAUAAAUGCCAAUAUAUUACUUGCACAUUUUUAAUAAUUUAAUUUUAAUAUAUAAUUAUAUGAUUAAUCAAUAAUUUGCUGGGUUUGCUUUGUAAAUUAAGGCAUUUAAUGUUCCAUUCCAGCUUUUUACCAAAUAUACUUUUCAAGAUA